GGAAUCGACUGCAUUUUAUCGAAACCUAUUCACCAAUUCAUUUAUUUCUCGGCGAUCCAUCACUAUCUUCUGCACAUGUAUCCAUCCAUAAAUCUUGAAAGGCUUCAUUCCGAACUACAAUACCGCCGUACUCCCUACCUACACCUAUUGCUGCUGUUGCUGCUGUUGCUACCACUUGUUCAAGAUUUGGAACCAUCUUUUUGUUCUAUUAGCAUCGCUUUCAGGUGGUAGUUUUCAGUGCGGAACAGCUGUUCUAUUGAGGAAUUGUCAUGUUGCGGCAAGCCUUAAUCAUCGACAGUUUAGCGGAUAUUUUCCAAUUACUACUAAUUGCUCCAUCAUUGCGCUUCCGACAGCGACGCAUAUCAGUUCAACUAAUCUUUAUUCUUUUACUUCUACUUUCGGCAAAAGCCAUCUUAGCUAUUGGUAUUUGCGCCCAACCUGAAAUAGCUUGCAGUGCGCAACUUCAUUCUUACCCUUUGCUAAGAUCAGAAGAAGCUUCCAGUAGGAAUGUUGGGUCUAGUAUAAGAGAUUUUCCAUUGUAUGACGAAUUCCUUGCACCCACACAUAUAUUCGAUUUUUCAAAAGCAGCUAACCUAACAGGUGAAAGGAUUUGUGAAUGUCCAAAUGGUGCAAGCUGCCAUUUGGAGGAAGAAAAUAUCAUCAAAUUGGAUGAAAUGGUUACGUUGGUGUUUUGCGACCGGGUGGAUAAUAUAUUUAGGCGCCCAUGUCAUGGAACGCGAAGUUUAAUCCGUGUUAUUGGCCAGAUCCAUGAAUCCGGUGAAUCCCUGACAACCAUUGUUGAAACGUUUCUCUUCUGCAAAUGCGAACGGGGCUAUCGACGAAUUCGUGUAGAAGCUUGGUUAAAUCAUUUAUAUGCAUUUAUUUAUCGGUGUUUGUAA